GCGCUCCGCCCUCCUCGCCCGCCGCCCUCGCCGCCCGCAGCCCCGGCGCUGCCCGCCCGGUGCGGGCCCGGCGCCUCCCGCCGCAGGGAGGAUGGGGCAGCCGCGGACACCGGCCCACGGCAGCGGCCCGGCGGCGCCAUGACCGGCGAGAAGAAGAAAAAGAAGCGGCUCAACCGCAGCGUCCUGCUGGCCAAGAAAAUCGUGAUCCGCGACGGGGCCGGCCGACAGGGGAUUGGAGAGCCCAGCGUGUACCACGCCGUGGUGGUGAUCUUCCUGGAGUUCUUUGCCUGGGGGCUGCUGACCACGCCGAUGCUAACGGUGUUACACCAGACUUUUCCUCAGCACACAUUCUUGAUGAAUGGCCUGAUUCACGGAGUCAAGGGUCUGCUUUCUUUUCUAAGUGCCCCACUGAUUGGUGCUCUCUCUGAUGUCUGGGGCAGGAAAUCCUUCCUCCUCCUCACAGUCUUCUUCACCUGUGCACCAAUUCCCCUUAUGAAGAUCAGUCCAUGGUGGUAUUUUGCUGUCAUCUCCAUGUCCGGAGUCUUCGCUGUCACCUUUUCUGUGAUCUUUGCCUACGUUGCUGAUAUUACACAGGAGCAUGAACGCAGCACAGCGUACGGCUUGGUGUCAGCCACGUUCGCUGCCAGUCUGGUCACGAGCCCAGCAAUUGGUGCGUACCUCUCCCAAGCCUACGGCGAUACGUUGGUGGUUGUGCUGGCUUCAGGCGUUGCUUUGCUGGACAUUGGUUUCAUCCUGCUGGCCGUGCCAGAGUCUCUGCCAGAAGAGAUGCGCCCAGUCUCUUGGGGAGCUCCGAUCUCUUGGGAACAAGCAGAUCCAUUUGCUUCCCUGCGGAAGGUGGGUCAGGACUCUACAGUGCUGCUCAUCUGUAUCACCGUCUUUCUCUCCUACCUUCCUGAAGCCGGCCAGUACUCCAGCUUUUUCCUGUACCUGCGACAGGUCAUUGGUUUUUCCUCGGAGACUGUGGCAGCCUUUAUUGGUGUAGUUGGAAUUCUCUCUAUACUGGCUCAGACAGUAGUGUUGGGAAUUCUCAUGCGUUCGAUAGGAAAUAAAAACACCAUCCUGUUGGGACUGGGCUUCCAGAUCCUACAGCUCGCCUGGUACGGCUUCGGAUCACAGCCUUGGAUGAUGUGGGCGGCCGGAGCUGUGGCUGCCAUGUCCAGCAUCACCUUCCCAGCCAUCAGUGCCAUGGUGUCUCGGAACGCAGACCCCGACCAACAGGGUGUGGUGCAGGGGAUGAUCACCGGGAUUCGGGGCCUGUGUAACGGCUUGGGGCCAGCGCUCUAUGGAUUUGUCUUCUAUCUCUUUCACGUGGAGCUGAAUGAAAUGGCUGAGGUGGAAACUUUGGGUAAAGCCUCCAAACCAAACAUGGCCAACCCUACGGACGAGAGCAGCAUUAUCCCAGGGCCUCCAUUCCUCUUUGGGGCUUGUUCUGUCCUGCUGUCGCUCCUGGUGGCCUUGUUCAUUCCAGAACAUAACCUUGCACUGAGAUCAGGCAGCCACAAGAAGCACAGUAACGGAGCCCAGACCCACACCCACAGCCCGCAGGCCGGAGGAUCGGAUGGCAAGGAGCCCCUGCUCGAGGACAGCAGCGUAUGAGGACGGGAGGGAAGGACCCAGCUUGCAUCUCGGCUCCAGAUCAAGGAUGGACUCGGCCAGCUGGAGCUCGGAGAGAGAGGGCAGGGAGGAGGAAGAAUCGAGGUGACGGACUGUGCCACUAAUGAGGAGGGACAGGGUUUCCCUUCAAGCCAAACAUACCCAGCAGGUGCAAGAAGGGAAUUGUCAUCUGGUGCCCAUGGAAAGGGGAGGUACUGGUCUGCUCCAUCUGAAGGGAUUGUUCUUUCCAGCAACCCCGCCCUUGUAUGUGAAUGCUGAACUUCGAGGUGUGACCUGCCAAACACUCCACUUGCCAGUGACCAACUGAGGAGCUAGCGUUGUCUUUGUUCUCAUGUGAACUAACUGAGCUGCCCGCCGGAAUGAAUGAGGUGUUUGUUACGUGUCCCAUUCCCAGACAGAACUGGUACUGCUGGUCCUUUCCCAGGCUCAGCGCUGCCGUCUGCGGUGUACGCAGCCGGGAUCGGGCACACCAAGGGAAACUGUGUGUGUAUGUGUGUGUGUGUGUGUGUGAACACAGCGUAGUCAGCAGCCACGAGGAGGUCCUCACUGCUGGAGGACCCGGUGAAUUUGCCUGUCCUUUGACCCAAGUGAAACUUAGACCAAAACAAAGAAUCUUCUGACUUAAUGUUCUGGUGAAGAUUAGAAAAACUGAGUAGUAAAGUUACAACCUGACACAAAGGGGAAUGGAUGAUGAGAGGAAGGCAACCACAUGCGUUACAAACGCUUAGGUGGUCAAUGUGUGCUUCGGUUUGGGUUUUCUUUUUGUGUUACACUCACAUAGCAUGUCUGUGGCUUCCUCUGUCGGUUCUAGGUAGAAGGAUUUCUCAGAAGCCUCUGGAACUGUAGGAGUUGUUUAGAAAAUGCAGCUCUGAGAGGCUGGAGAAACACUUUCAUAAAGCAUAAUUCCCCAAGAGAAAAGGCAAAGGAGUAGUUGUUGAUCUUGAGCACCUUAACAAAGCACGUUCAUUUUUUUUCCCCCAGGCUCUUGCUGUCUUGAUAAUAAAACCAGGUUAAUGACUGUAGCUUGGUUUUUCGCAGCCCAAAAGAUCCGGAUGGUCGUGACUGCAGGUUUGGGUUCCGUGUAACGUUUCUGAGUCUGCCGUGAAGGCUUUUGUUUUGUUGAAAAAUGGAAUUGCAGCCUCUGCUUUAGAGUUCAGCUUUGUUCAGAUCCUUGAAUGUGAGCAUUGUGGAAGAAGCGAAGACAAAGGUGUAGGGAAGGCUGGGACUUCGGUCGAUACGUAGAGAGAGGGCAGAGGAGCAAAUUCUUAGUUGAGUGAGAUCUCAUUUGUUGGGAUUGAGCAGGGAAGCAAAGACCAAACU